GGAAGUACUUGGAACCGGAAGUGUGGUUGUCUCGUAGUGACCUCGGCCUGGUGGCGGGGAGUUGUUUCGUUAGCUGACGAGCAUAUUUGAUCCGUUUCGAGGCGGCAGAGCUCCAGGUGAACCCGCACACACUCAGUGAGUCCAGGACAACAGAGUCCAGCAGUCAGAGUGGAGACCUGCUGGAUCUCAGAGACCAGGACCAGGAGCCCGUUUCAGAAAGCAGCUUUAACAAACUCUGAGAUGGAAAAGUUUUCAGAUCCAGAACAGCUGAUCAGAGUUUGUUCAAUCAAAUGUGAGGAUGAAACCAGCCUUCAUCAAUGGAGCUCUGAUACUACGAUUCACCAUGGCAACAGAGACCAGGACCAGGAGCACUACAAGAGUGAAAUGGAGGAGGACCAGCAGAACCCAGACCAGCAGAACAACAAGGUCCCAAGAAGACCAGCAGCAGGCUUGUCCUCUGAUACCAUCGGUGUUCAGAAACGGAGAAGAAGAAAGGGACUGAUUGAUCACAGACUUCACACUGGAGAGAAACUACACAGCUGUGAUAAAUGUGGGGCAGCUUUCCAAGCCCAGAAAUCCCUAAAAAGACAUCAACGCAUUCACACUGGAGAGAAACUACACAGCUGUGAUGAAUGUGGGGCAGCUUUCCUAGCCCAGAGUUCCCUAAUAAGACAUCAACGCAUUCACACCGGAGAGAAACCGUACAGCUGUGAUGAAUGUGGGAAAACGUUCACUUCGGAAAGUAGCUGCAGAAUCCACCAAUGUAUUCACACUGGAGAGAAACCGUACUGCUGUGAUGAAUGUGGGAAAACUUUCAUUUCGGGGAGUACCCUCAAAGGCCACCAACGCAGUCACACUGGAGAGAAACCGUACAGCUGUGAUGAAUGUGGGGCAGCUUUCCAAACCCAGAAAUCCCUAAAAAGACAUCAACGCAUUCACACUGGAGAGAAACUACACAGCUGUGAUGAAUGUGGGGCAACUUUCCUAGCCCAGAGUGCCCUAAAAAUACAUCAACGCAUUCACACUGGAGAGAAACCGUACAGCUGUAAUGAAUGUGGGAAAACGUUCACUUCGGAAAGUAGCUGCAGAAUCCACCAACGUAUUCACACCGGAGAGAAACCGUACUGCUGUGAUGAAUGUGGGAAAACUUUCAUUUCGGGGUGUACCCUCAAAGGCCACCAACGCAGCCACACUGGAGAGAAACCCUACAGCUGUGAUGAAUGUGGGGCAGCUUUCCAAACCCAGAGUUCCUUAAAAAGACAUCAACGCAUUCACACUGGAGAGAAACCCUACAGCUGUGUUGAAUGUGGGGCAGCCUUCCCAGACCAGAGUGCCCUAAAAAUACAUCAACGCAUUCACACUGGAGAGAAACCGUACAGCUGUGAUGAAUGUGGGAAAACUUUUACUUCGAAGGGUACCCUCAAAGGCCACCAACGCAGUCACACUGGAGAGAAACCCUACAGCUGUGAUGAUUGUGGGGCAGCUUUCACUCUAUCAGGUGUCUUGAGAAUACAUCAACGCAUUCACACUGGAGAGAAACCGUACUGGUGUGACCAAUGUGGGAAAACUUUUUCUAUCAGUAGUCAACUUAAAUCACACCAACGCAUUCACACUGGAGAGAAACCGUACUGGUGUGAUCAAUGUGGUAAAAUGUUUUCUCAUGAUGGAUCCCUUAAAAACCACCAACGCAAUCACACUGGAGAGAAACCGUACUUGUGUGACCAAUGUGGGAUAACUUUUACUAAUUCUAGUUCCCUUAAAACUCACCAACGCAUUCACCAUGGAGAAGAGACCUACAGGUGUGACCAAUGUGGGCAAAGUUUUUCUGAUGAUAGUGCCUUUAAAGCCCACCAAUGCAGACUGCAUCGUGUUGAAUGUUUUUCAGAGCCCAGCUACAUGUAUGUUAUUGUGGCUACGACUACAUACUUGGAUCACCAGAAACAAAACUUCCCAGUGGGACUCUGUUAUGUGGCUGAUCUGUCAGAACAUCUGGAAGAGUCUUCCAAUCACAAGGAGGAGAACCAUCCACAAACCUUUAAAAAUCUUAAAGAUGAUAAGAAGAAGAAGUCAACACAGUCUCUGUGUCUUCUGCUCUACUCCUUGCUCCCUGCCUAUGUUGCUCUGCUCUACAUGUAUGCCUCUCUGACUCUGAUGCCUCCCCCUUCUCUGGUCCACCGGCCUGUGGAAGGGAGGGAAAGAGGGCCGCUCGCCCAUCCUGAGGUGGAGACCUUCUGUCACUUUAAAGUGAAAACCAGACCGGAAGUAGAGCAAACCGGAAUGAGUCCAGGACAACAGAGUCCAGCAGUCAGAGUGGAGACCUGCUGGAUCUCAGAGACCAGGACCAGGAGCCCGUUUCAGAAAGCAGCUUUAACAAACUCUGAGAUGGAAAAGUUUUCAGAUCCAGAACAGCUGAUCAGAGUUUGUUCAAUCAAAUGUGAGGAUGAAACCAGCCUUCAUCAAUGGAGCUCUGAUACUACGAUUCACCAUGGCAACAGAGACCAGGACCAGGAGCACUACAAGAGUGAAAUGGAGGACCAGCAGAGCCCGGACCAGCAGAGUAACAAGGUCCCCAGAAGACCAGCAGCAGGCUCGUCCUCUGAUACCACCGGUGUUCGGAAACGGAGAGGAAGAAAGGGACUGACUAAUCAGAGAAUUCACACUGGAGAGGAACUACACAGUUGUGAUGAAUGUGGGAAAACUUUCACUUCGGGGAGUAACCUCAAAGUCCACCAACGCAUUCACACUGGACAGAAGCCUUACAGCUGUGAUGAAUGUGGGGCAGCUUUCCUACACCAGAGUCACCUAAAAACACAUCAACGCAUUCACACUGGAGAGAAACCCUACAGCUGUGAUGAAUGUGGGGCAGCUUUCACUGUAUCAGUUAACCUAAAGAGACAUCAACGCAUUCACACGGGAGAGAAACCCUACAGCUGUGAUGAAUGUGGGUCUGCUUUCACUAUUUCAGCUAACCUAAAAAGACAUCAACGCAUUCACACGGGAGAGAAACCCUACAGCUGUGAUGAAUGUGGGGCUGCUUUCACACGAUCAUGUGAACUAAAGACCCAUCAACGCAUUCAUACUGGAGAGAAACCCUACAGCUGUGAUAAAUGUGGGGCAGCUUUCACUCGACCAGGUCACCUGAAAACGCAUCAACUCAUUCACACUGGAGAGAAACCCUACAGCUGUGAUGAUUGUGGGGCAGCGUUCACUCGAUCAGUUUUCCUGAAAAGGCAUCAACGCGUUCACACUGGGGUGAAACCGUACUGGUGUGACCAAUGUGGGAAAACUUUUUCUCUGGAUAGUACCCUUAAAACCCACCAACGUAUUCACACUGGAGAGAAACCGUACUGGUGUGACCAAUGCGGUAAAACUUUUUCUCAGAGUAGUUGCUUUAAAGCUCACCAACGUAUUCACACUGGAGAGAAACCGUACUCGUGUGAACAAUGUGAUAAAACUUUUUCUCAUGUUAGUAACCUUAAAUCCCACAGUCACGUUCACACAGGAGAGAAGCCGUACUGGUGUGACCAUUGUGGUAAAACUUUUUCUCAGGGUAGUAACCUUAAAUCCCACAGACGCAUUCACACUGGAGAGAAACCGUACUGGUGUGACCAAUGUGAUAAAACUUUUUCCCAGGGUCAUUCCCUUAAAGCUCACCAACGCGUUCACACUGCAUCGUUGUGAACAUUUUUCAGAGCCUAGCUAGCUGUCUCCUCCUGCCUCCUCCCCAUGCCCUGAUAGCUGUGUUGUUAUAUUCUCAGCUUCUCUCCACAUUGAAGGCUUACCAACAGUAAAUUCAUGUCCUAAACAGAAUGUAUGUUUUCAUGGCUAUGACUACAUACUUUGACCACCAGAAAUUUCCCAAUGGGACUCCGUUAUGAGGGUGAACUGUCAGAACAUUUGGAAGAGUCUUCCAAUCACAAGGAGGAGAACCAACUACAAAUCUUUAAAAAUCUUAAAGGAAAAUUCAGGUUUAUUUCAACUUUAUGUAUUUCCCAUAAAUGUAACCGUUGUGACUCUAUGGGUCACGCUAACUUUGCACUCAGCAUCUCUGUUAUAGAGAUUCAGGGAACCAAGGACUAGUGUAGAACAUUGAUAUCAGGGACAGCUGCUCGAGCCUCCUAUAACUUUCUAAAUUAACUGACUGUCAGAUUCAGUAACAACAAGUUAGCAUGACCAAUAGAGUCACAAUGGACACAUUUAUGGGAAAUACAUCAGGUAUAAAUAAAGCUGAAGUUUCCUUUGAGAUAUCUGCUGGUACACCCUAAUGACAGGACAUUCAUCUUCGACAUCAGAGACCAUCUUUGAACAGAGACACCUGUUAUCAUGUGACUGCUGGACUAGCGUCGGAAUAACAGGUAUUUUUUUAUUGAUUCAUCCUUCAAUUAGUCAAAUACUCUAAUGACUUAUUUAUUAUUCUAAAGAUUUUUUUUAAAAUCCUAACAUAACAAUUAUUUACCCAAAGUAAUUAUCACAACCUUAUCUGAUUAAUAUUUCAAUAUUGGAUUCAUUCAUGUUCUCUUAAAAAC